GAAAAACUUCUGCUACCUAGUUCAUGUACCUAUCUACCUACCUAAUUGACUGAGGGGCGCAUAAUGGAGAGAUGUAGGCCACUACUUAUAUAGUAUGUGUGUGUAACCUCCAACUCCCAUUCAUCAAAUGUCUGUGAUGUUGUAGGAGACUACCUAGGUGUCUGUUCAUAUCUUAUGUGUACUUAUGUGUCUGUAUAAGAGCAACCCACCACCACCAAUCGAGGGCACCACCACUACCGCAUUAGGCAUCUGAUGAGCAUGCGCCAUAGCGUCGCAACUCUACUCACCAGAGCCCUCAUUCAACACAAGAGACCUAUUACCCCUGUAUUAACCCGUCUACCCUUCUCACUCUCCCCUCUCCGUCCUCUAAGCACCUCGGCGGCAGUCAAUAUGUCCUCCCCUCCCACCUCUAGUUCCAGCAGCGCCGCUGCAGAGCCGCAGAGCGCGAUCCCCUCCCCUCACAUAAAAGGAGAAACAGAAGAACCCAAACUCCCACCCCUAAGCGCCCACGAGUUCAGGGAAUACAACCGCAUGGCAGAACACAUGGACAUAUUCCACAACCACUUCCGGUCGACCUGGAACAUGCUCUACACCUCGGCGUCGAGCGGCCGUCGGGCGCAGGGCAUGUCCAUGCGGUCCUUCAUCCACGCGGGUCUAGAGUUCACCCAGCAUCUCGAGAUGCACCACUCCAUCGAGGAGCGGUACGUCUUCCCGGAGCUCGCGAGGCGGAUGCCCGAGUUCCGGACCGGCAAGGAGCGGAAUCUGGAUCAUCAAGGAGGGGGAGAAGAAGACGAAGGCAAGAGGAAGAAGGCUGCGGAGCUACUCCAGCAGCACGUGGAUAUCCACAAGGGCAUGGAUGGUCUGGCUGAUUAUCUGCGCCGUUGCCUCUCCGGCGAGACCGAGUUGCAGAUGAGCGUUCUCAAAACCCAGCUAGAUUCUUGGGGGACUGUACUGUUUACCCACCUCGAUCAAGAAGUCCGUACCCUUGGCGCUGAAAACAUGCGUAAGUAUUGGACCCUUGAUGAAAUUCGGAAGAUGCGAAUGUAAACCCUUGGACUUUGCAUCCUAUGAAAGGGAAUGCGGCAUCACGAGGCUCAAGUACCCUCGCUUUGAGACAAAAUUUAUCUAGCUCGGUAUCAGCUUGGGAAGGGAUAGAUUUCUGACGUAUAUACGUAGUAGACGGAAUACAGCGGAAAGAAACGGAUAGAUAUACUAUCAUAGAUACCCCUGAAAUACACAAUAUUCAUAACACAC